AUGUCGAAAAAAUUCCUAACAAUUUUGUUCCUUAUUUAUUACUUCUAUGUUGUUAUAACGAUUGCCAAGCGUACCUCUAAGCUACAAUUUUUUUCGUAUGACUGCAUCAACAUAACCUCACACGUUCAAGUAUUCGACUGUGUUUUCGAUAAGGAGGCCAAUAAUCGUUUCAUCUUUAGCGAACGUUUGAUGCUGACACGGGAUAUGAAUCGAAAUUUUGAAAUGCAUUUAUGGAUCAGGGUUAAGCCAUUGUUGGCCAAGAAGCCGCUGCAAUUUCUCGAUGUGAAAUUUAAUGUGUGCGAAUUUUUGGAUCAACCAUUGCAGGUGCAGUUGUUGAGGGGACUGUUGAUUGAGUUAUUCCGUUCCAGCAAUAUACCAUUGACGUGUCCUUUUAAGGGGAAUUUCUUAUAUCAAAUGAAUAAUUUCUCAUUUACCGAUGCCUAUUUUCCUCCCUACACCCCGGCAUUGAAUUUCACCUUUCAAAUGGAAUUUUUCGAUAAGAAAACCAUGUUUGCUAUAACUAAGAUAUCAGGGGAUAUUACACCAUUGCGUUAA